CGCAGUCUCGCAAGAUCCAUCCCUCUCCCAAUUUGCCAUCCAGACGGCCAUGGCCUUUUCCCUCCUCAACGUUUCCCGCAACUCAGCCGUCAACCCCAUGCAUGGCGUUCGCCUCCUCGCUCUCACGGGUGGCUGCUCGGGCCUUGGAGAUGCCAAUCACGAUCGCCAUCUCCCACAUGUUCCUGGAAAAGUGGAUUGUUACUUGGGGGUUUUUCUCGUGCUGCGGGGCCGCCCGACGAUGGCAAGCGAAUCGCAACCCCCUUGGCGUCAUUCGAGAUGCUCAACAUCACUGGCACAUGGAGCAAUGACGAAUUUUUCACCAUCUCGUAAGGCCCAUUGAUUCGCCUCGGAAAAGGAUCCCAGUUCAAUGCAGGCAAUGAAGACUUCUUGUCUUGAGUGACUUUUUGCCCAUGUCCGUCCGAGUCCCGCGACCGAGACCCGUUAUCUGAUCCUGCUAUAAAUACCUACUCGACGAUCGCCGUGAGUUGGUGGAAGCGAUCAGAGGAAUCUUCUUUCUCGAUUGCCUGGCUGCUAUUGUCCAGCUGAAAUCCUAUCCUUGCUGACCGAAAGGGGCUAUUUUUCCUAGGUUCACCGAACCUUGACAUUCUCUUUACCUGGAGUCGGCCGACUCCGUCAAAUUCAUCCUCUCGGUUGACUUGUAGCAUUGUCGUCGAGAGGGCAUUGCCAUCAUGGCCAAACCGAUAUUCUGUGCCACGCACCCACGUGCAUGUAGUACAGCAUUUGAACGUGUUCGCUCCAUACUGCCUGCUUUGGGUCUUUGAUGAGAAUGCUGACCAUGUUGCAAGGUGUUCAUGACCAGGAAAGACUUGACCUGUGUCCAUGAACCAUUUGGCGACGCAUUCUAUUAUGGGUGAGUCCGUCCAGGCAGGACGAAGGAGCAGUUAUAUCUAAUGCCCUCUUCAGUCCGGAGAGGAUGAGCGUUCGCUAUGAAAACGAUGAAGAUGCGAGGAAAGCAUCGGGAUACAGCGACUCAACCUACAGAACCAUCUUUGAUCACCUCGAACGCGAAGGAGCCAAGGUGUGAUGUUCCCCCAAUGAUUGUCCUUGUCAUGCGGGUCUUCACACCGAAUCCGACAUCCGAUGCUUACCUCUGAAACAGGGCAAACGUGUCUUUAUCAAGGACAUUCUCCAUUAUCUGGUUCCUCCCGACCAGCAGCCUCCGAAACUGGCUCCGUCGUUGCAGUCAGUCAAGCGAGGCAUCGGAACCGAGAAGAUGAGCAACGGGGCCAACGGCGUGAACGGCGUGAACGGGACUCAUCAUGUCAAUGGCACCAACGGUGUCAAUGGUGUCAACGGCGUUAACGGAACUCAUCACGUCAACGGUACCAAUGGUGCUAAUGGUGUCAACGGUGUGAACGGUUUCAGCAAGAAAGCACCGUUCCCAUUCCCCACGGAAGGCGAGCCAGGGAAUCCGACAAUUGUCCCCAAAGCCUUGCUUGACAAGUUUCAUUUCACGUUCCUCAUCCGAGACCCUCACUCCAGCAUCCCGUCCUAUUAUCGCUGCACCAUCCCACCAUUGGAGGAUAUGACGGGAUUCCACGAAUUUUAUCCGAAUGAGGCUGGGUACGACGAGCUUCGACGCUUUUUCGACUAUGCCCGGGAAGCUGGGUUGGUGCGAGACAGGAAGGAUGGACUAAAGAAUGGGACAGAGAAUGGAGUUGUUCUAAAUGGCGAGGCCAAAAUGCCGGAAGUGUGUGUGGUCGAUGCUGACGACUUGCUGGACGAUCCCGAGGGUAUUCUCCGAGCUUACUGUCAGAGCGUUGGGCUUGAUUUUCACCCUGACAUGUUGAACUGGGACAAUGAAGAGGAUCAGAAGCGGGCGAAGACUGCGUUCGAGAAAUGGAAAGGGUUCCAUGAGGAUGCAAUCGAUUCGACAGACCUCAAGCCGAGGACUCACAAGAAAGCACCAAAGACCGAAGAACAAUGGGAUGCGGAAUGGAAGGAGAAAUAUGGAGAGAAGGCUGCCAAAGUGAUUCGGAAGACCGUCGACCAAAACAUGGCCGACUACUUGUACCUGAAGCAGUUUGCCUUGAAGCCAUGAGUCGAGACGUCGUUGGAUACCACGUAUCUGACCGGCGCUGGUGCUGCUGCUCUAACGACCCCCAGAAUGGACUAUUCUUUCCUAUGUAUUAACGACUAGCAAUUUGACAGACUGAACAAUUCAAUUACUCGUGACGAGAAAUG